CCACUUUCCCAGUGGGAUUCCCAAUUAUUUUCCUGCAUACUCGACUAAAGACAUCAUCGCUCCACUGUGGACAGACAUUGACAUUUCACAAAAAGGAACAAUCUCUUACCGACAAGUAACAGAUGGUCCUCUCUUGAAUCGGGCUUCAAGAGACAUAAACCAAUAUUAUCCCAACUUGAACUUCUCUGCCUCGUGGGUUUUUAUUGCUACAUGGGAUAAAGUACCGUACUUUGGAAAUAGUGAAUCAGAGUCAACUUUCCAAGUGGUUUUGGUGUCUGGAAGAAACUUGUCAUUUACAUUCAUGCAUUAUGAUCAUAUCACCUCCACCUAUGCUGUAGAGUCCGGCUAUGACACAAAUUACUCUACUAAUUUCCUUUCAAUUCCUGUUUCUGACAUCACAAACCUGUCAUACACAAGCAAUGUCAAUGACAUGGGUAGAUGGGUAUUUCGUGUCGACAAUUCAUCAGGAAAGAAAUGGAUUUUGUGGCAGAACUAACCCUCAAGCCUCAGAUAAUCUUCCCAGUGCUCAGGUGUGUGGAAGACCCACAUUUACCGCCAGCAGCAGGACAGUAGGAGGUCAGAACGCUUCAGCUGGACGCUGGCCAUGGCAGGCAAGCAUUCUUCUGAAUGGAAGUCACUUCUGUGGAGGGUCUCUCGUCAACAAAGAGUGGGUGCUGACCGCUGCCCAUUGUGUUGAUAGUUAUUCCAUCUUUUCUUUAACUGUGGUUUUGGGGCGUCAGACCCAGAAAGGCUUCAACCCCAAUGAAGUGUCCAAAAAUGUGAAACUAAUCAUCAAACAUCCCAGUUACAACAGACGUACGAAUAACAAUGAUAUCGCUCUGCUCAAACUGAGAUCUCCCAUCACCUUCACUGACUACAUCAGACCCGUGUGUCUAGCAGCUGAUGGCAGUGUGUUUAACAAUGGCACAGACAGCUGGAUCACUGGAUGGGGAAACAUUAGUCGAAGAGUGUCCCUCCCAUCACCUAAUGUUCUACCGGAAGUGGAGGUUCCUGUAAUUGGUAACAGACAGUGCAGCUGUCUCUAUGGAGUUGGAAAAAUAACAGACAACAUGAUCUGUGCUGGUCUACUGGAGGGAGGCAAGGACUCAUGUCAGGGAGAUUCAGGAGGUCCGAUGGUGAGCAAUCAGAGCUCUGUAUGGGUCCAGUCCGGUAUCGUUAGCUUUGGCUGUGCUCGACCUGAAUAUCCCGGUGUUUACACCAGAGUAUCCCGCUAUCAGGAAUGGAUCACCUCCUUCAUGUGCAGCGAUCCUCCAGGUUUUGUGCAGUUUACCUCUGCUGGAAACAAUUCUGACAACAAUUACACCUGUCCUGAUCCUCCUCCUUCUUCUCUUCCUCCUUCCACAACAAUAGUUCAAAGAAACAAAUAUUCCAUCUUCUGCAGCAUCUGUUGUACAAAUCUCUUUGAUAUCAUUUUCUCUAUUUUUUAUAGCAAUUUUUUUUAUUUUUGUUUUUUAUCAUUUUUUAGGCAAGAAAGCAUGCAGUGCUUGUAAAAAGUUCUUUUCCAGUGGUGGAAAGAUUACUGAAAACAUUUACUUAAGUAAAAGUACCAUUACAUUCCAAAGAAUGUAGUGUGAGUAGAGGAAAAAGUACCAAAAAAAUACUUAAAAAGUAGCUUUCAAAAGUACUCAUGAGUAGUGAGUACUGAGCUGUGGAUUCUACCCCUUUACAAUAAAUACUGUACACUACAAUUUAUAAAUUUAGAAAACUAAAUUUUACAUACUGUAAUUCCCAUUAUAUUUUGUUGUUUGUCAGAAAGAUUAAAGAAUAUCUAUCAUCCAUUU